AUGGUGGAACUGCUGCUCAAGGACGGUGGGCUUCGGAUCAACGCUCGUUUGGUUGAUAGCGACGAAACUUUUCUUCACGUCGCUGCCAUCACCAGCUGUGAUAGCGAAGUUCCUGUCAUCCGGCGCCUCGUUCGAGCUGGGGCUGUCGUAUCAACCCCAAACAUUCGAACAUGGUCGGAGCAUCGACACGAUUGGUUUAGACCGUUCAUCGAAUGCUUCGAUGGCAAGACGUUCUACGGCGAGGAUUUGCGAGAACUCGUGAAGAUGAUGCUAGAUGCUGACGCGGACAUCAACGCCAAGGACAAUGACGAGGUUUCGCCGAUUCAGUGCGCCGUCUACACGAGCGACCUCGAGCUCGUGACAGCUCUCAUCGAUGCUGGCGCCGACGUCAACAAUCGUAACUGUAAUGAUGUCACGAGUCAACUUCAACACCGAGAGAGACUUAGCACGGCCUUGCACUGGGCUGUGCAGCUCAACAUAGACAACAGUCACAAACGAAUGAUAAGAAUGCUCAUGGAAUUUGGAAGUAACGAAAAUCACGCGAAUGAGAACGGCGAGACGCCCUUCCAUUACAUCCUCCAGUUUGGCGACAUCGAUAUGUCGAAUCUCUUCUCUCGUUGGCGAUCGAUCACAUGUCCAAUAGAGACCGACUAA